CACGUGAGUCAGUGUAUAGUGUGUGUCUCUUUCUCUCUCCUCUCUCUCUCUCUUUCUCUCUCUUAACUCUGAGUUUGUUUGUUACUAUAGUACUACUGCUUUAUUAUUUCAUUCACAAAAGAACCUGAUUCUCUGAAACGCAACCCACGAAUCACUUUUCUUCUUUUUUUUUUCUUCUUUCUUUUCACUUUCUUCUUUUCUUCUUCUUAACAUAAACACCACAAACACAAACACAAACACAAACACUGUCUCUCAUUCGAAUGGAUCAGAACAAGAACAACCUUAUUGUGAAAUGGACAAAACUUCAAUGAAACGUGCAACAACAACUCGAACCACAAACCGACACAUUAACAAAAAACAACAACAAUCUGGUUUCAAAAAAUCCAAGAAAGAAAAACUAAGAACCUUGAGCUCAAUGGGUUGCAAUCUCGAUCAUCAUUCUCAUAAAUCUAUUUCCAUCCACAAAAAGGUUUUCAAUGAAUGCAAUGGCGUUGAUCAUUCCUCUGUUCCCCGUAAGAUACGUUCAGCGAUGAAGAAGCGGGGUCGCGAAUCGAUUUUAACUGAUUCUGAAAAGCUGAAAUAUGGAAUAGAAUCUCCUCAAAAAGAUAGCAUAAAGAAAUCCAAAAAACAAGUUGUUCUUGGGCCCAUCACAAAAGAUGAACAAGAGGUUGCUGAGACUCUCUAUGCCUUGGCUGGAAUGUUUCCUACCAAUGAUGAGAAUGAACUAGACCGCGAAUCGGUACAGAAGAAAUUGUCGGGUUCGCAGGACCAAGACGAGAGUGCUAAUGUUAUUUAUGAAGGAGCUAGUGAGGAUGCUGAUGUUAUUGCUGAAAGUUCAUCGAAGGGAGCAGUGAAAAUUAGUUCUUUGAGCGAAAUCGUUGAAGUUGAAGUUGAACGGAUUGAUUUACCCGGGAGUGAAGAUUUCUCGGUGGCAACUCAGAACACAGCUCCAAAAGGAAAUCUAGAGGGUGUGUCUAUGAUGGUUAAGAGGAGUGAAAAUGAUGUUAAAUCGGAAUUGCAUGACUCGGAGUUGUGUCUUGGAAUGGGAUUAAAUGCGUCUGCAAAAUCGCAAAUUUCACAUAUUUGGGGAAAACUAGACGAGGAGUAUGAGACGGCCGGUGGCAUUGAUUGUAAGCAAGAACAACAUAUAAUCAAGUACCGAAGAGAAAACGAAAGUCUAACAUUAUGGCCAGGCUCGUCGCCGAGGGAAUCUGUUGCGAUUAAUGCUUCUUCUUCGCAGUCUUCGGCUGUUGCUAAAGCUCCACAUUGGUUGAAUGCGGCUAUUAGCAACUCCAAACAUGAUUUGAUGGAAAGUAGUUCUUCUGGUGGAAAGAUUUCCAAAACCGCCGUUCAUAAAAAGUCAUGGAAGAGUUGUGCAGCUCAUGUUCACAUCAGUCAACUCAUCCGGAGUUUAGAACUUCCAAAACAACAGGUUGCCAAAGAACCCGAGCUUUAUGAAUGUGAUCAAAUCAGAGUACCCCGAGGAUCAACCGAAGCACAAAACUCAAAUAGGACGAGAAAUGGAAAUGCUUUUGCUUCCGGAACAGUUCAAUCUGCUAGUUUGAAGAAUCUCCCUGAAAGUAAAAACGGUGUUCUUCAGCAGCAGUGCCAUUAUCUUGACAUAUCUCUGUCUCAGGCUUCUCCGACACCUGCGAAACAUGCUCCUCAAUCGCAAAGUUUCAACUUCUUGUCCUUGUCGUCUGGAUGUAACGGGUUGAAGGUUGACGAAUGUUUAAUCAAAGGUGGAAGUAGGUCGGGACCAUUCUCAAAAUCACAAGUUCCUUAUUUUCGGUCUAUACAACAGCAGAACGGACUCAUGGGAGCAAUACCUACAACUUCAAAUCAGUAUACAUCCACCUCUUACCUUGAUCAGCUUCCUACGGCAGGACCACAGGUUCGGUUGCAGCAACCUCAUUAUUACGGUACACCAUUAUGUGGAACUCAUUAUAGUUCGACAAAUUCAUAUAAACAGCAGUACCAAAACAUUUGGGCAGCGCAAUUAGUAACACAAGGUGGGUCUGGUGGCGUAAAUAGCAAUCUUAUGAGAGUCCAAUAUCCUAACUGGCAAAACGGAAGACAUGAAACAAGUGUAGUUAAUCCAGGUGUCCAAGUCAUGGUUCCUUACCAUUCCCUUGCAUCUCUAGAGUCACUUGGUUCCAAGAUAACUUCAAUCUCUGAUCAACAAUCCUUUACGCCUCCUUCAUCAAUUCCGUUAUCAAGGACAAACGGGCUAGAAGAAAUUAGAGGCAGGUUCCAUGGCAGCGGAGCCUCAUCGUUGCAGUUGCUCUGUGAUGAACGCAUCUGAAACUGAACACUUAGUUCACUUUCUGUUUGAAAAGCCAUGUUAAUCAACUUGAGAUGUUAACCACGUACGUAGCACAAAACUCGUGAAGUAUGUUACAGGAGAUUCUUGCUGAGUAUGCAAGGAGAGGAAAAAUAAAUGCUUCUGUAUCUUCCUAAGUUAAUCAUUUUGAUUUUUUAUGCUUUGAAUUUGUAGAUACCCCAGUUAUUGGUUAUUGGUUGUUGUUUACUUGUGGAAUGUCAUGUAUAAAUUAACAAUCCAGAGGAACAACUCAAUUACCAAACUCAAAAAAAGAACAAAACAUGUUUCCAAAGAA